CACUAGUUCUGUGAACCUCAACUGAGGCAUUUGCCCAUAGCAACCAAUCAGCUCAUUCCUUUCACUAUCCAACCUGCCCUGCCCCGACCUGAGCCGGCCUGUGAUUGGUCACCGCACCUCACGCUCUGCUCAAUGUAUCAGUACCGGAGCUGCCGCUGCUCGUAGAGUUCCUGGUAAUCACGUGACUCGGUCAGACACUGCCAUGGCUUCCAGUCCCCGCUACUUGUGACCCGACCACCAACCAUGGGAAAGCAGAGUGUGCGGAGAGCAGAGCACCUCCAGAUCCUGAGCGCCAGGCACCCCCUGACAUGGGUGCCCACUUCCUGCAGCUGCCUGAGGAGAUCCUCCUGCUCGUCCUCUCCUACCUGGACGGCCGGGCGCUGGGGCGGCUGGGGCAGGUGUGCAGGAGACUCUAUCACUUCACCUGCCGGGACGCGGUGUGGAGGAGGAUAGCCCGGCGCUGCCUGAACUCCGGCUUCGUGCUGCAGGGCACAGACGUGGCUUCUGGAAUUCCUGUGAAGGAAAGAGUACGGGUUUCUCAAAACUGGAAAAAUGGACGUUGUCGGCGGGAUAUCCUACUCAAGUGGAAACGCAAUUUAAUGCCCUGGUUGCAAGUAGAUGGGGACGUGUUAUAUUUUACUCAGGCUGAAGAAAUCAGAGCACACCAGCUACGUGAUAAUGGCGACGGACUUCACAAAAGACCCUUUGCUGUGUUCUUGGGUCAUCAGGAAGAUGUCUGUCGAUUUGUUGUCACCGAUUCUUACAUAAUCAGUGGAGGAGGGGAUGGAAAGAUCGCCCUUCAUAAUCUUCACAGCACUGCCAGCAUCCAGUUUACUGCACACGAGCAGGAUGUGAACUGCGUGGAUUGUCACGGAGGAAUUAUAGUCAGCGGCUCCAGGGACAGGACUGCUAGGGUGUGGUCUCUUUCCUCCACGACAGACUGGCGAUGGCUUCACACCAUUCAGACAGAAGAUAGAGUAUGGUCAGUUGCCAUAAGCCCUCUUUUAAGCUCCUUUGUUACUGGGACAGCCUGCUGCCACCAUACAUCACCACUCAGGAUUUGGGACCUUCAGAGUGGCCAGCUAAUGAAUUGCCUUGGGACCGAAUUCAGAAGAGGCGCUGGAGUUUUGGAUGUCUGCUAUGAGUCCCCAUCCAUUUUGUUGUCAUGCGGCUAUGAUACAUACAUUCGAUGCUGGGACUUAAGAACAAGCUUCAGGAGGUGUGUCGGGGAGUGGGAGGAACCCCAUGACAGUGCACUGUACUGCAUACAAAGUGAUGGGAACAAUAUGAUUGCCAGUGGAUCUUCAUACUAUGGUGUCAUAAGAUUGUGGGACAAAAGAAUGAAUCAAUGUUUACAGUCCUUCACCUUGUCAUCUCCGACCAGCAGCCCGGUGUACUGCCUUCGCUUCAAUACCUCUCACCUAUAUGCAGCCCUGGCUACUUCGCUACACCGCUUGGACUUCUCCAGCUAUCAGUUUACAGCCUUGUAGCAUCCGCGGAUACCGCUAACACAUUUUGUGACAUACACCCCAUCCCCCAGAGUAGAAAAAUAAAAACAAAAACUGUCAUUCUAGCCAACAUAAAAAGAGCUUUAAAGGUAUUUUUAGUGUAUCCCAACAGCCUUCUUUAUACAGUUGCCUUUUCCUUAUAUACAGUCCAUUGUCCAUUCCGGUUUAUAAAAAAGCUUUACGUAGUGUGUAAUGAAACCUAAACUUUUAGAAUAUACUGUGUGCUCUGAUUCUGUUUUUAAGAUCGCUGCCUGCUGUUACUGAAUAGAAACUAAAAAUAGAGCCUGAACCCCCAUUUUAAUCUAGUCCUGCUCACCCAGCUGCUGCAUCUGUAAACAUAGAAGAGGAUGGGAGAGAUAAAGAGAGAGAUAGGGGGCGCUCCCUUGUAGUGUAUAUCGACUUGGUGUGAUCCCUCCACCGCACCUAAGUGAUAUACUCACCUUUUGGUGGUGAUGUUAUUAGUCCCACGACUGUGGCGGGUCGUGGUAUUUGAGGUGCAAUCGGGUGGAUGGAAUAUGAGCUGCUUCACUCGGACCGAUACUGGGUUCCCAGCAAGGGACCAGCUUGGAAAUGGGUAAGUGGUAGGAAAAGGCGGUCUAUGAGGCG